AUGGCGGGGAAGGACUGGUUCACCUCCUUCAUGGAGCGCAGUGGCAGCCUCUCCCUUCGGCGUCCAGAGGCCACUAGCCAACAACGGUUGUCAAGUUUCAACCAAAGUAAUGUAAACUUGUUCCACCAAAAUUUAAAGACGGUGCUGGACCGGCACCAGUUCCAGGCCAAGGACAUUUGGAACAUUGAUGAAACCGGGGUCACCACUGUCCAGGUGCAAGACCGCGUCGUCGCCCAGAUGGGGCAGAAGCAGGUCGGGUCAGUGACCUCAGCGGAGAGGGGGACCCUGGUCACAGUUGCCCUGGCAGGCAAUGCUCAGGGCGACCUUGUUCCGCCAUUCUUCAUCUUCCCCCGUAAGCGGUUCAAAGACCACUUCCUGAGGGGUGGACCCGUUGGCUGUGCAGGCAGCGGCAACCCAACUGGCUGGAUGAAGGAGCCAGACUUCCUCCUGUACCUGGCCCACUUCACCAGUCACACCCGUGUGUCCAAGGAGUCGAAGCUGCUCCUCCUGCUGGACAAUCACACGUCCCACCUGUCAAUUGCAGCAAUUGAUUACUGCAGAGCCAAUGGCAUAGUGCUGCUGUCAUUCCCUCCCCACUGCACCCACAGGUUGCAGCCAAUGGACAUUAGUGUCUUCGGCCCCCUUAAGGGGUACGUAAACAGUGCAGCGGACAGGUGGAUGAGGAGCCACCCAGGGAUAAACAUCUCAAUUUAUGAUGUGCCCUCCAUCGUUGCUGAAGCCUUACCAAAGGCUGCAACAGUGAACAACAUUACCUCCGGGUUCUCAAGUCCAGGGAUCUGGCCUUUUAACCCCUCUGCAUUUGAGGAGAAGGACUUUGCCGGAGCCUAUUCAACAGACCGCCCUCCUCCCCAGGCUUCGGGUGACGAGGUCAGCGCUUCUCCAGGUGCCACUUCAGGCAUGGAUGUACCUGAUCGAGCUGUCCGGCCUGAGGGAGAGGCCGUUGAAUUCAGCCCGGACAUCGUCCGGCCUUACCCUAAGGCCGGACCUAGAAAGAUCACAAAGAGAAGAGGGAGAAAGAGGACAACUGCUAUACUUACGGACACCCCGGUGAGGGCUGCUUUAGAGGCGGAAAAGCAGGGAACUGUGAAGCAGCGUCGUCCCGCCAAGCAGCCUCCCUCCUCUCGGGCUCCCAAGAAGAGGCUCUUCUCGCCCGCUCCUGAUGCCGGAGUUGCUGGAGUUGCCACCUCAGCUGCUCCUCCCACCAUCACCUGGCCCGCUGAUUGAGUCAGCCCCA